UAUUGUAGCAGACAGAGCGCGCCGCGCCGCCUUGGACCGUACAAUCUGAUUCCCCUUCUCUCCGCUGCUCCUUGAUUUUUUUUUUUUUUAAUUUUUUUUUUUCUAAACCUUGGUGGGAGGAAGAGAUCUACGUUCUCCCGGCGUUUUGUCCUUUUUUUCCCCGUCCUAUCCGGCGGUUCUUUUUAUAAUUUUAUAUAUAUAUUAUUUUUUUUCCUUAUUUUGUUGGUCCCCGCACCGCCCGCAAUAAUUGCCUCGCUCCGUUUCGCAGCUGGCGCCUUGGAGAAGCCGGCACCAGCCGCCGCGAUGCCUCUCAGCGCCAGCUUCCCCAGCAAAAACUACGAUUACGACUACGACUCGGUGCAGCCCUACUUCUACUUCGAGGAGGAGGAGGAGAAUUUCUACCUGGCGGCGCAGCAGAGGGGCAGUGAGCUGCAGCCCCCAGCCCCGUCCGAGGACAUCUGGAAGAAGUUUGAGCUCCUGCCCACGCCGCCCCUGUCGCCCAGCCGCCGCUCCAGCCUGGCCGCCGCCUCCUGCUUCCCCUCCACCGCCGACCAGCUGGAGAUGGUGACGGAGCUCCUCGGAGGGGACAUGGUGAACCAAAGCUUCAUCUGCGACCCGGACGACGAGACCUUCGUCAAAUCCAUCAUCAUCCAGGACUGCAUGUGGAGCGGUUUUUCCGCCGCCGCCAAGCUGGAGAAGGUGGUCUCCGAGAAGCUGGCGUCCUACCAGGCGGCCCGACGGGAGGGGGGUCCCACAGCCCGGCCCGGCCCCACGGGACCCCCCACGGGGGGACCGCCGCCUCCGCCUCCCACCGGCCCCGCGGUAUCGUCCGGGCUCUACCUGCACGACCUGGGCACCGCCGCCGCCGACUGCAUCGACCCCUCGGUGGUCUUCCCCUACCCGCUCAGCGAGAGAGCCCCCAGGGCCGGGCAGCCCGGUGCCAGCCCCCCGGCACUGCUGGGUGUCGACACGCCACCCACCACCAGCAGCGACUCGGAAGAAGAACAAGAGGAAGAUGAGGAAAUUGAUGUUGUUACAUUAGCUGAAGCAAACGAGUCCGAAUCCAGCACAGAGUCCAGCACAGAAGCAUCAGAAGAGCACAGUAAGCCCCAUCACAGCCCACUGGUUCUCAAACGGUGUCAUGUCAACAUCCAUCAGCACAACUACGCCGCUCCUCCCUCCACCAAGGUGGAGUACCCAGCUGCAAAAAGGCUAAAGUUGGACAGUGGCAGAGUGCUGAAACAGAUCAGUAAUAACCGAAAAUGCUCAAGUCCCCGCACGUCAGACUCGGAGGAGAACGACAAGAGGCGAACGCACAACGUCUUGGAGCGCCAGAGGAGAAACGAGCUGAAGCUGAGUUUCUUUGCCUUGCGUGACCAGAUACCCGAGGUGGCCAACAAUGAGAAGGCACCCAAGGUCGUCAUCCUGAAAAAAGCAACAGAGUACGUUCUCUCCAUUCAGUCAGACGAACACAGACUGAUCGCAGAGAAAGAGCUGUUGAGGCGGAGGAGAGAACAGUUGAAACACAAACUUGAGCAGCUAAGGAACUCUCGUGCAUAGGAACUCUUGGGCAUCGCUUAGAGUAACCCAAACUAGACUGAAACAACGAUAAAAUAUUAAUGUUUCUAAUAUCAUUCAUGAACUACACCAGUCCAUCGAGUAUGGAACUAUUGCAAGUGCAUGCUGUGCGAAUUAACUUGAGACUACACAACCUUGGCUGAAUCUCCAAAUGGUUUGGCCAGAACCUCAAAACUGCCUCAUAAUUGAUACUUUGGGCAUAAGGGAUGAUGGGACAUUCUUCAUGCUUGGGGAUGAACUCUUCAACUUUUUUUCUUUUAAAAUUUUGUAUUUAAGGCAUUUUUUUCUUAAGAGAAUUCCAAAAAAAAAGUUGUCCCCAGAUUGCUGUAUAUAUUUACACAUCUUCUUGCCAUGUAAAUACCUUUAAUAAAGUCUUUAUAGAAAAAUGUGCAACAUUAAUACGCAACAGUUGUGGCAACUGGAUUUAUACUUGUCUUGAACUUCUGUGCCAUAACAUUUCACAGUUUUGUUUUUUUAUUUAAAUACAUUUUUCUUUUAAAGAAAUGAUUUUUAUUUUGUUUUUAGAUAAAUAAAUAUUUGCCCAAAAUAUAAUUAGCUAAA